GCUGAGCCUCAAUAGGAAACUCGUACUUCCAAUUAUUUAACUGGAGGAGAGGGUCCGAUAUCCUGAACAGCAGGAAAAUAACCCACGUCGCUUGCCCUGGCACCACCGCUCCCAAGACACUGUUUCUUCUUUCGCAGGUGCCUCCAGAUGGCCCAAGCGGAACCCACUAGGCCUAUCAAAGCAAGCGUUCCCAUGCCGGCGCUCAUUGCAAUGCCAGCAACUGCGCCGGCAGAGGCGCCGCUGUUCAUACUCCCGGAUCUAGGCAACGCAGUUGGGGAUGCUUCAACCGGUGUUGAAGCUAUUGUCAAAGUCGAAGCCGUCGACGUAGGGGACGUGGACGUUGUCGCCGAGGUGGAUGCCACGGAGUCAAUAAUGUCGGAGUAAUGGCAAGUGAUGUCUCCCACAAAGGCACUGGUUGAACAUCUGGAUAAAGUUCACUGGGCUUAAAGU